AUGGGAGGAUCCAAGGCUCUGACCGUUUGCGGAAAAAGACAAUUGUGGUGGGCAUUGUAUCCUCCUGGAAGAGUUCCUUUAGGAGUGACAGUACAUGUGAAUGAUGACGAUGGUGAUGUCAAUAUUGAUACUCCAUCAUCUUUGCAGUGGUGGUUGGAUUUCUACCCUCUACUUGGUGAUAAUGACAAACCAAUAGAGUGUACCCAACUUCCUGGCGAGACAAUAUAUGUUCCGAGUGGGUGGUGGCACUGUGUGUUAAAUUUGGAAACUACUAUUGCUGUCACACAAAAUUUUGUUAACUCCAAAAACUUUGAGUUCGUGUGUCUGGACAUGGCUCCUGGUUACCGUCAUAAAGGUGUCUGCCGUGCGGGUUGGCUUGCUAUUGAUGAUGAUGACGACAUUGAGGCUAUUAGGAAUAAUGCCAUGUUUAGUGAAAAUAAUUUGAGCUACUCUGACCUGGAUAGGAAAGAGAGGAGUAUCCAGUCACCAAUAAACUCUGGCGAUGGUAGUAAUGACAUACAUAAAAGUGAUUGUUUUGGUAAUUUAGAAUACUCUUACAGUAUAGAUUUCUUAGCUCUGUUUUUGGAUAAGGAGAGAGACCACUAUACUUCUCUGUGGUGUUCUGGAAGCAGUAUAGGACAGCGAGAAAUGCGAGAUUGGUUGUGGAAGCUUUGGAUUGGAAGACCAGAACUCAGAGAUCUCAUAUGGAAGGGAGCUUGUCUUGCCCUCAAUGCUGGAAAAUGGUAUGAUCGUGUGAAGGCAAUUUGCACAUUUAACGAGUUACCUUCACCUGUGCACGACGAGAAACUUCCAGUUGGCACAGGCAGCAAUCCCGUCUAUCUCACUGGUGACUAUGUUGUAAAAAUAUUUGCUGAAGGAGGACUUGAAGCUUCACUUUAUGGUUUAGGCACUGAGCUUGAGUUCCAUAAUCUACUAAAUAAUCAGAAUUCCUCUAUAAAGAACUACAUUCCCUCUGUACUGGCAAGUGGGAUUCUUGUUUCCGAACACGGAUCGUUUAGAGUCUUUCCCUGGGAUGGUAGAGGCAUACCUGAGGUGAUUACCUCCAGCAAUCUACUCUCAGUACACCAAACGGAAGCUGAUUAUCCAUUUGGUGUUUGGGGCAAAAAAGAAUUUGAAUAUCAAAAUGCCGGAAAGCAAUUGCAUGAAUCUGGAGAUUGUAGUAAAAGCUCGUACAUGUGGCCGUACAUUGUGACAGAAAGAUGCAGGGGGAGAAUAUUUGCCGACCUAAGAGAUACCCUCUCGUUAGGAGAUGUUCUCAAUUUGGCUUCCUUUUUGGGCGAGCAGCUGCAUAAUCUUCAUGUCCUGCCUAUCCCUGGCGCAUCACAAAUUAAUGGGAAUGCAGGAAGGAUUGACCAUUCAGCUGAAUGGAGAUUACUUAUCACGAUUCUAAACCGGGAAAGGAAGGACAUUUUAAAUCAUUUGUCUGAAUGGGGUGAUCCAAUUCCUGCCAACCUGAUAGAGAAAGUUGACGAGUACGUUCCACAUGAUUUAACUGUACUAUUUAAUAUUUUUGAGAACGAGACAGAGGUUCACAAAUCUUGGACCUGGAUACACUCCGAUGUCAUGGACGAUAAUAUCUACAUGGCACCUAGUACUUCAGCUUAUUUAUCCGGUGAAAGAAAUACACCUCAUCCAGCAGAAAAAUCCGGUGCGGCAGGAUCUAAGAGCAACACGGAAAAGGAAUCUUGGUACCCAAGCCACAUCCUUGAUUUUAGUGAUUUGACUAUAGGGGAACCUAUACUUGACCUAAUCCCUUUAUAUCUUGACGUCUUUCGAGGAGAUUCUCAUCUCUUGACGCAGUUCCUUAAGAGUUAUAAGCUUCCCUUAAUGAGAAAGACUUCUCCAUCGAAGGCGGUCGAGGGAAAAAGAUAUCACCAACUCUCUUACCGAGCAAUGUGUUAUUGUAUUUUGCACAAGGACAACGUUCUGGGAGCCAUUUUUAGCCUCUGGAAAGAACUAAGAACAGCAACCUCAUGGGAAGAAGUUGAGGAAAAAGUUUGGGGUAACCUGAACAACUACUCAGGCAUCUGA